CUGCCAACUAUGCUGAAAUCAGAAUUGUUAAUCUUGUCCAAUAACUAACAAAAGCUUCAUUUGAGAACAAAUUAUUUCCAAAGUUUAAUCUUCUUUCACAUUGCUUUCAGGAGACUUUGACUUAUCUAUCCUGCAUCAUGCCAGUAGUCACAUCCAGCCUGUCCAGAGACCAGGAGAGGAACCUGCUGACCCUCUUCGGUCAUGUCCGACUCCACCUUCUCUACAAAGGGAGCGUCCACGGCUUCACUGCUGCUGCCUUCCACUGCCGCUGUGACCAGCAGGGUCCCACUGUGAUUGUGGCCUACAAUGCAGCGGGGUUUGUCUUUGGGGCUUACACAUCCAAGGACUACGCCCAGAGCGGACAGGAAGUCCACGAUGGGGAGGCCUUCCUGUACAGCAUGGCUCCUGAGAGAAAUAAACCACUGAGAGUGGGGGGUAUCAGUGGGCAGCGUGCCUUCACAGAUGGAGGCACUGGUCCAAAUUUUGGUGCGUUGGUUUUCUUGUGUGAGGACAGGCCUUUGGUGCAAUCCUUUCCGGGCACCUGCUUCAACUUCCAGGCAGCAGAGAUGCAUGGGGAGGACCUGGCCCUGACAGAGUUUGAGGUGUAUCGAGUUGAAGAACUAGGAAAUCUCCUGGAGAAGCCUUGGAGAAACAUCCAGUGGACGGCUGAAAAAAAACAACAAUUGAUGACGAGUAUCCAGAACUAUCUGCCUGACCUCAAAUCAGUGAAUCAAGUCCGCGUCCUGUUGGUGGGUCCUGUUGGGGCCGGCAAGUCGAGCUUUUUCAACUCCAUUAACUCAGCAUUUCGGGGCAACAUGACCUGCCAAGCCAUCACUGGCACAGCAGGGACAAGUGUGACCACUCAGUUUCGAGCCUACACCAUUAAGGCAGGAAGACGUGGUGCAAAUCUUCCUCUGAUCCUCUGUGACACAAUGGGGCUGGAGGAAGAUGCUGACAGCGGCUUGAACAUCGACGAUAUAGUCAGUAUCUUGAAAGGGCACACGAAGGAUCGCUACCAGUUUAGCACCUGUUCAUCAAUCCUAGAGGAUUCUCCAGGCUAUAAGAAGCACGUGACUCUGAAUGACACGAUUCACUGUGUGGCUUAUGUGAUAGAUACCUGCAAGGUGUCUCUUCUCAGCCAGAAAAUGCUGGACAAGUUCACUGCCAUCCGGAAGAAGACCAACCAGCUUGGAAUCCCUCAGAUUUUGUUGAUGACCAAAGUGGAUGAAGCCUGUCCUCUGGUGGCAAAAGAUUUGAAAAAUGUGUAUCAAAGUGUUUACAUCCAGAAGAAGGCACGCCAGUUGAGUGAGUCUUUGGGAAUCCCGUUAUCCUAUGUGCUGCCAGUGAAAAACUACAGCGAGGAGCUGGAACUGGAUCUGAACACCGACAUACUGCUGUUCAUGGUCUUGGACCAAAUUCUCAAUUAUGCAGACAACUUUUUUGAAAAUCAGAUUACAGAUGAUCAGGAUGAAACCAACGGGCCGGAGCUCUACAGAGCUGGCAAUUAUUCCCGCCAGGUAGAACACUGCGAAGCCAACAUUGUUUAAAAUGUACAAAUUAUUCCUCAGAGUUAAAGAUUUUGAUGAUUUAUGCUCUUAUCAAUCAAGGAGGUCUCUGAUUGACUGGAUGAGGGAGAUUGCUGCAAAGUCAAUGCAAUCUGUUGGGCCGGCUUUGAUACAUUUUCACCAUUUGGCGCUAUAAACUGAAACUGAGUUUUUUAGUACGACUUGAACAUAUUCAAUUGAUAUGAUUACAUCUUUCAGGACUCAGACAGGAGCAGACCUAUUUGUCCGGCAAAGUAGCUUGAGAUGUAAUAUAAACAAAAACUGAUUCAACCACAUAUUCCUUAUGCAAAAUGUCUAAGUCCUAAGAACCACGCUUUCCAUUGCAGCAACAACAAUGAGUCACCCAGCACCGCAAAAACUGAUCUAAAAAUAAGUAAAAUGUUCUUAAAGUUAGUGUAUUUGUCCUUGAUUUGAGCAGGUAAAUA